AUGUUCAGGAACAACAAGGAUCCAGAGAGGGUUCCCCUGGUGACAGAUGUGAAGGACACGUACAGCAAUGGGGAAAGCGUGCUCAGCCAAGAGGUGUUACAGAGAGACGGCACAGGUGGCAUCAAGCAUUGCCAUGACAACAGCCGUGCACAGGAGGAUCGUGAGAGAGAGAAGAAAACUGCCAGGAAGAGGUUGUACGUGGUCUCUGUCGUCUGCCUGAUUUUCAUGAUCGGCGAAAUCAUCGGUGGGUAUUUUGCAGGGAGUCUGGCAGUGAUGACGGACGCCGCCCAUCUUCUGGUCGACUUCACCAGCUUCAUCAUCAGCCUCUUAUCCCUCUGGCUCUCCUCCAGACCUGCAACACACAAGCUCAGCUACGGCUGGCAUCGUGCAGAGAUCAUGGGUGCGCUGCUGUCAGUUUUAACCAUCUGGCUAGUGACGGGAGUGUUGGUUUACCUGGCUGUAGAGCGCCUCAUCAGCGACGACUUCACCAUCGAUGGCAACAUCAUGCUCAUUACCUCUGGCUGUGCUGUGUUGGCAAAUAUCAUCAUGGCCCUCACCCUUCACCAAUCCGGCCACGGUCACAGACGGAGGGCUCAGCAGGCCAACGCCAGCGUGCGUGCAGCUUUCGUACACGUGCUGGGAGAUCUUCUGCAGAGCGUCAGCGUGCUCAUCAGCGCCAUCAUCAUCUUCUUCAGGCCAGAAUAUAAGAUCGCUGACCCCAUCUGCACCUUCAUAUUCUCCAUAUUAGUCUUGUGCACCACCCUCACAAUCAUGAGAGAUAUCCUCAUUGUCCUGAUGGAAGGUACUCCAGCAGGGGUGAGUUUUAGUGAAGUCCGGGAUGGUCUGUUAGCGGUGAAGGGGGUGACGGCGGUCCACAACCUUCACAUCUGGGCCCUCACCGUCAACCAGGCUGUACUGUCUGCACACGUAGCCAUAGACGAGUCAGUGGAUGCUCAGACAGUUUUAAGAGAAAUGACACAGGCUUGUUACUCCUCUUACAACUUCCACUCCAUUACGAUUCAAAUGGAACGACAGGCCGACCUGAAGCCUGGAUGUACCCUGUGUGAGGAUCCUAAGAAGUAGAAAAAAAACCUACCUACAGUAAUGUUUAGAUGCUGUAACCUGUGGUGAUAACGGUAUU